UUAUAAUUAUUUGGUUAUUUUAGGUGAGUCAUGAACGACCGGAAAAUGUGGGAUCCUCUCCCUCUGGUCUCCAAAAUUCUAGUAUUCCUUGGUCGCCCAAUUCCUGGGGAAGUUAAAGUCAGGUACCUGAUAAUGACGGUUUCAUCUAUUAUAAUGUUCUCGCAAUCAUUUCUCUUCCUGGUCAUGCGAUUCUCCGAUCUGAAAUCCAGACUUCUUGCUUUUGAAGAUAUGGUAAUCUUAUUUUACAUCUCUGCCAUCUUAAUCGACUUCGCAUUAAAACCAAACAAAGUUCUAACAAUAAUGGCGACUAUCAAGAAGAGGCAUUUCAAUUUGAAAGAGAUGAUUUCUGAAGAGCAGAAAGCUGUACUUGAGGAUCUGGAGCGUAAAGCCCAGAGAACAACUAAGCUGCUCAUCAUAACGGUGACAUGUUACACUCUUGCCAAUUUCAUUCUACCGAUCAGCAGCGGACUGAUCACGUUUUUGGCGAAGAAUAGAGAUAUUCAGGUCGAUGCAGGAAAUCAUACUUUGCAACGGCAAGAUGCGGUAAAAAGUGAGAAAGCCAACAAUGAGUUCGAAGACUACCCGCUGCCCGUUGAGAGCUGGUAUCCAUUCAGCAUUGCGCGAAUGCCCAUCUACCUGACUCUGUGCCUCAUUCAGGGCACUUACCUCGGAGUCGAGGGAAUGAUAUUUGCCUGUUGGAUUGUUCUCAUCCUUUGCGCAUUUCUUACUGUUGAAAUGGAGCUCAAAUUUCUCUGUCAGUCAUUUAGAGAGAUUGAUCUUCGGGUAGAAAAGUACGUAGCUGACCAGAAAAAUGUUAUUGUUGAUGGAAAUGAAGAUGAUUUGAAAAAUAAAUAUCUAAGAAUUUAUCUUAGAAACUUAGUUCUCCAUCAUCAAUCCAUAAUUGAAGUUGUGAAUGAACUCAAUCGAGCUUCAAGUUUCUUGGUAUUCAUGUUCAAUCAAAUCAUCAGUUGUCAGAUUUGUAUGAGCCUAUUUGGAUCUCAGGUCGAUGAUAAAGUUCUGAAAUUGAAAUAUAGAAUCUUAGCCAUACCGAUAUUAUUUUCAUUUGGAAUGUUCUGCUACUAUGGACAAGGUAUAGGCAAUGAGGACGAAGAGAUGAGAAAGGCAGUACUGCAUUGCUCUUGGGAGCGAAAGCCAUUAUGGUUUAAGAAAGAUUUACUCUUGAUUCUCACAAGACUGAACAAACCUCUUGAGAUUAAGCCUCUUGGAUUAUAUGUACUGAAUUUGAGAAAUUUUGCAGUGAUCCUCAAUGCAUCCUACUCGUAUUACAACUUACUUCACACAACAGAAUUGAAAAAUAGAUGAAUUCAGAAUCUUUUUAGCUGACAAGGAUAAUAAAAAUAAUUUUUUUGUCAAAUAUGUUUAUAGAAUAGCACAAAACUGCACAAGUUUAGAAUAUAAAUCGUAAGGAAUUCUA